GUGCGGUGAGAGUGUGUACACUGUCAGGUGUGCGGAGUUUGUGUGGGGUUUUGCGUGUUUUUUCUCCUGUUUUCCGUACACUAAUCUUCCCCCGUCUGAACCUGCCGUGGAGGAGCAGCCAUGGCCGGGACCGCGCUCAAGAGGCUCAUGGCGGAAUACAAGCAGCUGACGCUGAACCCUCCGGAGGGCAUAGUGGCAGGUCCAGCCAAUGAGGAGAACUUCUUUGAGUGGGAGGCCCUCAUCAUGGGGCCCCAGGAUACAUGUUUUGAAGGGGGCGUGUUCCCGGCAGUGCUCAGCUUCCCUUCAGACUACCCUCUGAGCCCCCCCAAGAUGAGGUUCACCUGUGAAAUGUUCCACCCCAACAUUUAUCCUGAUGGCCGUGUGUGCAUCUCCAUCCUCCAUGCUCCUGGAGAUGACCCCAUGGGAUACGAGAGCAGUGCAGAGCGCUGGAGCCCUGUGCAGAGCGUGGAGAAGAUCCUGCUGUCUGUAGUCAGCAUGUUAGCAGAACCCAACGAUGAGAGCGGGGCCAACGUGGACGCGUCUAAGAUGUGGCGCGAGGACCGGGAACAGUUCUACAGACUGGCUCAGACCAUCGUGCGCAAGUCCCUGGGGUUUUAACACUGGAUUAGAUCGGACUGGACUGGCACCACACUCGGCCCCACUGUGAACCACCUCUAUACACACACCCUCAAACCCAACGCCUCUGCUGGGCUAUUCCAGUAAUAUCUAAAUCUCAUAAAGUGUAUAUGCCCAUGGACCAUUAUGGAACUUACCUGGAUGAGAUUACACAAAUAUAAGGCCACAUGGUAGAAGAAGAUACUAAGGUUUAAUGUUGAAAAUCACACACUAGUGCCUAAAUAAAGUGUAUUUUUUAUUAUCACGGUAUCAGAAUUGGAAAUAGAGUUUAAAACUUUAAUAUCCUGGCAACACUUUCUCCUAGAUCUCAACAGAAGUGUCUCAUGUUUAUCAGAGGAGCCUAUCCCCACUGUUCUGAAAGCCAGCAGCCCACUAAAUGAAUCAAAACUAUGUACUGAAGACUAUUUGAAAACCCAGUGCGUAAUGUACCAGUGGUCCGUCCUUGUGUCUGAAAGCUGUGAUUCUCCUCCUUUCACCGCUUGGUCAGAAGAGAGUGCUGUUGGAGUAGAUGAUUGUAUCAGAAUGGAAAGACUAAAUAAAUAUAAGAGGAUUUGAAGAGGUGUGGUGUGGGGAGGGGUUGGGGCUGGCCAGGCACUCUGCAGGUUUAACCGCACCUUCCAUUGCACUUUACAUCUCUGACGUGUUUAAGGCUGUGACCCAAUGCUUUGAUUUAAGGUUUAAAUAAAGUUCCUAUUUAUCAAUACAA